AUGGCAUCUUCCGGAGAUAUCAAUACUGACCUCUGCAACACCUGCGUCAACCAGGCCAGUCCAGAAAUCAAACUGACGUGCCACAUGAGGACAGCUGCAGGCAUAUGGUAUGAAUACUGCACGUUGCGUUACUCAGACCGUAUAUUCAGAUCUGUAUACGAUCCCGCAUAUAAUUCCAUACAGUUUUUUAUGCUGAAUUUGGUGAAUGCAUCGGUCCCUCAACAGUUCAAAGCGACUCUGAACCGUUUGAUGAAUAAUAUUUCUUCUGUGGCCACGUACGAUCCUUCGGUUCCGAAGUUUGCAAUCGGAGAAGCUAAUUCUACGAUCAAUCAGACAAUAUAUAGGCUUGUGCAGUGCACCCAGGAUUUAACUAAUGAAGAUUGCAACGCAUGCCUGCGAGAUGCCAUUUCUAAGAUUCCGCCGGUGUGCUGUGAUGGAAAGCUAGGCGGGCGAAUUCUUGGUGCGAGUUGUAAUUUGAGGUUCGAGGUCCACGCCUUUUACUAA